AUGGAGGACGCGCAUGCCAGAGAAGCCGAAGAGGUGUGCAAAUUUUUCAACACAGGGCCAGAUGGACUCACAGACGAUCAAGUUGAGCAACUUCGAAAGAAAUAUGGAGAAAAUGAAAUGCCUGCUGAGGAAGGAAAAACGAUAUGGGAGCUGAUUUUCGAGCAAUUCGAUGAUCUCCUUGUCAAAAUUCUUCUUCUUGCCGCCAUUAUCUCAUUUGUGCUUGCCCUUUUUGAAGAACACGAAGACCAAACCGAAGCCGUCACUGCAUUCGUCGAACCAUUCGUCAUCUUGCUUAUUCUCAUCGCCAACGCUACCGUCGGAGUGUGGCAGGAGCGAAAUGCUGAAUCCGCGAUCGAAGCUCUUAAGGAAUAUGAACCCGAAAUGGCCAAGGUUGUCCGCGCCGGACAUCAUGGAAUCCAGAUGAUCCGUGCUAAGGAACUCGUUCCAGGAGAUCUUGUUGAAGUAUCUGUUGGAGACAAAAUUCCCGCCGAUUUGAGAUUGAUCAAGAUCUAUUCGACGACCAUCCGUAUCGACCAGUCAAUUCUCACCGGAGAAUCGGUUUCCGUCAUCAAACACACCGAAUCUGUUCCAGACCCGCGCGCUGUCAAUCAGGACAAGAAGAAUUGCUUGUUCUCGGGAACCAAUGUUGCCUCUGGAAAGGCUCGCGGUAUUGUUUUCGGAACUGGAUUGAACACUGAGAUCGGAAAAAUCCGCACGGAAAUGGCGGAGACUGAAAGCGACAAGACCCCACUUCAGCAGAAACUUGACGAAUUCGGAGAGCAACUUUCCAAGGUCAUCUCAGUUAUUUGCGUUGCCGUCUGGGCUAUCAACAUUGGACAUUUCAACGAUCCAGCGCACGGAGGAUCCUGGGUUAAGGGAGCCAUCUACUACUUCAAAAUCGCCGUCGCUCUUGCUGUCGCUGCUAUUCCAGAAGGUCUUCCAGCCGUUAUCACCACUUGCUUGGCCCUCGGAACCCGCAGAAUGGCUAAGAAGAACGCCAUUGUCAGAUCAUUGCCAUCCGUCGAAACCCUCGGAUGUACUUCGGUCAUCUGCUCUGAUAAGACCGGAACCCUCACCACCAACCAGAUGUCCGUCUCGAAGAUGUUCAUCGCCGAGAGCGCCAGUGGAGACCAAAUCAACUUCAACGAAUUCACCAUCUCCGGAUCUACCUACGAGCCAGUCGGAAAGGUUCAACACAAUGGACGCGACAUUAACCCCGCUGCUGGAGAAUUCGAUGCUCUUACCGAGCUCGCCACUAUCUGCGCUAUGUGCAACGAUUCUGCUGUCGAUUACAACGAAGCCAAGAAGCAAUAUGAGAAAGUUGGAGAAGCUACUGAGACUGCUCUUGUCGUUCUCUGUGAGAAGCUCAAUGUCUACGGAACAUCAAAAGUCGGACUUGGACCAAAGGAAUUGGGAGGAAUCUGCAACCGUGUCAUUCAACAGAAAUGGAAGAAGGAGUUCACAUUGGAAUUCUCACGUGAUCGUAAAUCUAUGUCAGCUUAUUGUAUCCCAGCCAGCGGCGGAUCAGGAGCCAAGAUGUUCGUCAAGGGAGCCCCAGAAGGAGUUCUCGGAAGAUGCACACACGUUCGUGUCAACGGACAAAAGGUGCCACUCACCACCGCCAUGACCCAGAAGAUCGUUGAACAAUGCGUUCAAUACGGAACCGGAAGAGACACCCUUCGUUGCUUGGCCCUUGGAACCAUUGACUCGCCAAUGGACGUGAAAUCGAUGAACUUGGAAGACUCGACUCAAUUCAUCAAGUACGAAAAGGACAUCACCUUCGUCGGAGUCGUCGGAAUGCUUGACCCUCCAAGAACUGAAGUUAUGGACUCGAUCAAGGCUUGCAACCACGCAGGAAUCCGUGUCAUCAUGAUCACUGGAGAUAACAAGAACACCGCUGAAGCUAUUGGACGUCGCAUCGGAUUGUUCGGAGGGAAUGAGGAUACCACCGGAAAGGCGUACACUGGACGCGAAUUCGACGAUUUGCCACCAGAGCAACAAUCGGAAGCUUGCCGUCGCGCCAAACUCUUCGCCCGUGUCGAACCAUCCCACAAAUCUAAGAUUGUCGAUAUCCUUCAAUCGCACGGUGAAAUCACUGCCAUGACUGGUGAUGGUGUCAACGACGCUCCAGCUUUGAAAAAGGCCGAGAUCGGUAUUGCUAUGGGAUCUGGAACCGCUGUUGCCAAGUCCGCUUCGGAAAUGGUUCUCGCCGACGAUAACUUCGCUUCGAUUGUGUCGGCCGUUGAAGAAGGACGUGCUAUCUACAACAACAUGAAACAAUUCAUCAGAUAUUUGAUCUCAUCCAACGUCGGAGAGGUCGUCUCUAUCUUCAUGGUCGCCGCUUUGGGUAUUCCAGAGGCUUUGAUUCCAGUUCAGCUCUUGUGGGUCAACUUGGUUACUGACGGUCUUCCAGCCACUGCCCUUGGAUUCAAUCCACCAGAUUUGGACAUCAUGGACCGCGCCCCAAGAUCUGCUAAUGACGGACUUAUCUCGAAAUGGCUCUUCUUCAGAUACCUCGCUGUCGGAACAUACGUCGGUGUUGCCACCGUUGGAGCUUCGAUGUGGUGGUUCUUGUUGUAUGAUGACGGACCACAGAUCACCUACUAUCAGCUUACCCACUGGAUGCGUUGCGAAAUUGAGCCUGACAACUUUGCUGAUUUGGACUGCGCCGUUUUCGAAGACAACCACCCGAACGCCAUGGCUUUGUCUGUUCUCGUCACCAUCGAAAUGUUGAACGCUAUCAACUCGCUUUCGGAGAACCAGUCGUUGCUUGUGAUGCCACCAUGGAAGAACAUCUGGCUCAUGGCUGCCAUCACUCUCUCGAUGUCGCUUCACUUUGUCAUCCUCUACGUCGACAUCAUGGCUACCAUCUUCCAGAUCACUCCACUCAACGUUGUUGAAUGGAUUGCAGUGCUCAAGAUCUCAAUCCCAGUCCUUCUUCUUGAUGAAGUGCUCAAGUUCAUUGCUCGCAACUACAUCGACGGUAAGCCCGAAACGAGUGCAGCCCGAGUACGGUGCGCCGUUUCGCUGUUGGCGUGGGUCUCACUGACGGUCGCCUACUUCGCGUGGAUGCUUGGUCCGUACGCGGAACUCAUCAAUCACGCGCUUGUGGGGCCAGCAGUUGAUCCGAGCAAAUACGCGGACGUCGUCAUUGAGAAACCCCAUAACGAGUUGUGA